UGGGCGAGGCGGGAAAAGGAUGACUCCGAGUUCAUUCGGCUCUUUGCGGUCUUGACUCUUUCACCUAUUUUACUUCCCCGCGCCCUUCUUUCCAACCCAUUGUUGGUUUUUUGGUACUAUCUGUCGCUUCUACAUUACGCAUAAUCAGACAAUUCUUUCACCACUCUAUCUCUUCACGAUUUCAAUAGCUCCGACAAGCUGUGGUAGCUACGGACCAUCCGAUAAUAGCAAACAGAGAAUGAGUCCUUCAGCCGCCGUGGACGAGGCAAAGGGCCAGCAGUCCGCCACCACGCCAUUGACUGUCGAUGGCGUCGCCGCGUUGAGGGCCAACGGCCCCCAGGUGCCCACUGGCGUUGCUCCUUCUACCAGCAGUGAUAUGUUUAAAAGCCCGGCGUGCUACACGAAGCCUAAGGCUAAAAGUUGGGAUCACGUCCUCUCCAUCGAAUCGCAGUCUCGAAAGGUAUCGACGUUGAAGGGUGCUGCGAAAUACCUCAAAAACCCGGGUCUCAUCUCUUUGGGCGGUGGACUCCCGUCUCCGGAAUAUUUCCCCUUCCAAGAACUCAGUAUCAAGGUUCCGACACCGCCGGGGUUCGGCCCUCAAGCGACCCGUGAAAAUGGCACCGUCCUCACCUCGGCCAAGGGCGAUGUUCGAAAUGGAAAGAGCUUGUACGAUCUCGAGGUCGCUCUCAACUAUGGGCAGGCGAUAGGAGCACCUCAGCUGCUUAGAUUUGUGACGGAGCACACGGAGAUUAUUCACAACCCCCCGUAUGCGGACUGGCAAUGCUGUUUGAACGCCGGUAGCACCUAUGCCUGGGAUACGGUACUCAGAAUGCUUUGCAACCGAGGAGACUAUAUCAUGAUGGAAGAAUAUACGUUUUCUAGCGCCCAGGAGACCGUUCUCCCGCAGGGUGUCAAUGUCGUGCCUAUCAAGAUGGAUGAGCAAGGUCUGCUGCCGGGGUCUCUCGACGAUGUGCUGAGCAGCUGGGACGAAGCAGCUCGGGGCGCUCGCAAGCCUUUCGUGCUUUACACCAUCCCUACUGGACAGAACCCUACCGGUGCCACCCAGCAAGGCGAGCGCCGGAAGGCUAUUUACGAGGUUGCGCAGAAGCACGAUGUUAUCAUCGUGGAGGACGAACCGUAUUACUUCCUGCAGAUGCAACCGUACACCGGACCUGACGCGGAGCCCGUCCCACCUCCGAAGACCCACGAUGACUUCAUCAAAUCCCUUAUUCCAUCUUACUUGAGCCUGGACGUCGACGGUCGCGUCAUUCGACUUGAAUCGUUCUCUAAGGUCCUCUCCCCGGGAUCUCGUACCGGCUGGAUCGUCGCCGCGGAACAAUUUAUCGAAAGAUUCGUCCGGAACUGCGAGACCUCCUCCCAAAACCCCUGCGGUUUCUCGCAGAUCGCAUUCUUCAAGCUUCUGGAUGAACACUGGGGCCAUGCCGGCUAUCUCGAUUGGUUGAUUGAUAUCCGUCUGUCUUACACCAAUCGCCGAGACGCCAUGGUCCACGCGUGUGAAACACACCUUCCACGUGAAAUUGCCAGCUGGAACCCCCCUGCCGCGGGGAUGUUCCACUGGAUUCAAAUCGACUGGCAAAAGCAUCCGGGUCUUGCAUCUGGAAAGACUCGUGAGGCUAUCGAGCAAGAGAUUUUCCAAGCUGCGGUUGACAAUGGUGUCCUCGUCUCGCGCGGUAGCUGGUUUACGGCUUCUGGACUGCGUGAGGAAAGCAUGUUCUUCCGCGCUACUUUCGCCGCUGCGAGCGCGGAGAAUAUCGAAGAGGCUAUUAAACGCUUUGGCGAUGCCCUGCGGAUCCAAUUUGGUCUGUAAAUAUUGACGAUAGGGGUACUAUCAUUUUUUUUUUAUAGACAGGGGUUCGGCUAUCAUACCCAGUCCGACAAAUCUUUGGCAUUUUAGGUAGCACAUAGUUUGUGGUCUAGAUUAUCAUGAGAAACGGCCCGACAGAGACGACAUAUCUCGGGCAAGGGAAAUUGUUUUAGCUUGGUGGUUGGCGUGUGUACAUAGUCGCAUCGGCAAUAGGCUGCUAGCAUCUACAUAAAAUUCCAUUCCCGUCAUUCGAAC